AUGAUUGAUCCAUUUGGGCCUUCAGAUCCACAGAAAGGGUUCAAACCAGACCCACCAUUUAAACAAGAAGACUUUGGUGAAGAUGUGGAGUCUGAAGAAUGGGACUUUACAGUUGCAAAGAAUGGAAAAUCAUCAUCUUCUGAUAGUGUUGAAACACGAGAUGAGAAGAGACAAAUGGUGCCUCCCUAUCCUAGUGACAAAAAAGAGCAAAUGAAUAAUAAGUAUAAAGAUCAACAUUUCCCAAAUGAAGAUGAACCCUCCGAGUUUCCUUUUUAG